GUUGUACUAGCCCAAGUGGCCGUCGUAGUUCUAGGAGUAGUUGUCAAUCGAGUGCGAUGAAGAUGAGUAAUACACCGGAUACUGCUGCCAGCACUGGCAGUGCAACACGUCCUGCAGGUUCGACGAUUUCAUCGCCAAUUCUGUUGGAGGAGGACUCUGCGCAGGUAAGCAAAGAAGCAAGCGUAGGACGAUACACGAUGAAGACGUCGCCUCAAGAGGACAGUACAACAACUUCCGAGGGGGAGAGCAAUGAUUCAUUAUCCUUGGAUGUUCUUGAUGUAUCUAAAUUUCUCAGCCUGUUGAAUAUAUCUGUUCUUGCUGCUGCGGAGCGACACUUCCAGGCACUGCCACCUAAGGAAACCAAAACAACUACAGCACGAAGUGGAGCUGGACGAACAACAGAAGAUAGGAAAAAAGCACGAGAUCAUGGACAAGAAGAGGCCGAGCACUCCAUCGACGUCUUGGAUAUGAUGAGGAAUGGUAGAGGGAAAGACACUAAAAAGAUUGAACAACUGUGCAAGAGGGCACUGCGGUAUAUGGAAUGUGCGCACCUAGCUUAUAAUGUGGAUAAAACUACUACGAGAACUAGUACUACUGGGACGAGCAACGCUAAGAACAAGAUGAAGUCUAAAAACACUGUUUCUGACAAGCAGUCGAAGAAGUCUGCGGCCUUUGACAAAGUUCUCUUCGCGAAAGAUCGAUCGACUAGUUGCGAACAACGAGCUUCGACUAAAAAGAAAAAGGUUUCCGCUCUUAAUCCGUCGACGCAAGAAGCGACUGGUCGAAAUGUUGAAGCCCCUACUUUGCAGGAAAAUAAAUGUCGUAAUGUUGAAGCUACAACGAAAGGCAAUAAAACCACGUCAGACUACUUCUGUGCUAACACUACUACUGGUCGUGAUGAACAUCAUGGUCGUAAAACGGACUCCGACUCCGGUAUUACUACUUCUACUACCAAAAGUUCAGCUCGCCCUGAGAUUGUCGUUGGAACGGACGAAUCCAGGCAAGCGAUUAUCGUGUCGAUUCGCGGAACCGCUUCCAUGGACGACGUGAUAACGGACAUGAUGGUCGGAACUCGCACAGUUUACAUACCGGAAAUGGCUCAGCCCCUAACGUUUCAUGAAGGCAUGUUCAACAGCGCUGUGUACGUUUUGGCACAGGCCUACCGCACUGUCCACGACGCUUUGGAGAUACUGAUGGACGACGAUUCUGAAAAAGAGGACAACUACGACGACCGAAUCCACGUCUCUGCUUCAUGUUUUCCGAGGCCUGACAAUUGGAAAUCAUCAGCAUCCUCUCGUGAAGCAGGGGACGAACAUCAGUAUCAGAUUAGUUCUUCUGAGAUCAGUAGUGAUAAUGGUAGCAGUGUUUCUGCUUGUACUAGUUCUAGUUGCAGCAGCUCCACCAGUGGUAAUUUCACCACUGCAAAGGUGAAUAUGCCAUCCAUGGGUAAACCUCCUAGGGAGAAACCUCCAGUGACAUUGACUUGCGCGCGUCUGCCCACGGUGGAAGUCCUCAUUGAAGGGGUCAAAAUACGGGAAGUGCUCGCCACACAAGAAGAAGCACGACGUAGAGAAAGGGAACAAGAAUGGGAAAUGAGUCAACGAAAUAAUAAUCCUGCCCCGAGAGCUACCACUACUAUAAUUACAACUAGUCCACCAUCAGCAAGUUCUACACCACCAGGACCACCAUCUUACACGAUGGGUGAUACCACAAGUGGCUCGUCUAAGUCUGCAUACAAGUCGAAGACUUCAAAUGCAAAGGGUUUAAACAAAAAGGGCAAGGGAAACCACAAGGCUGCGGAUGAGCUGAUAAAGGCGAAGUAUCAGCGUGUGAUUUUUUGCGGUCAUAGUCUUGGGGGAGGCGUUGCGCAGAUCGCCGCUUUACUUUUCACUCAGCUCACUCGCAAAGAUACUGAACAUGAAGAAGUAAAAAAUGGUGAUGGUCGUCGUGCUCCUCGUCCUCGUCGCCCACUCGUUGAAGCUUGGUCCUUUGCUGGACCGCCAUGUGUCCGGAAGCCGGCUUCCCUUGAUUUUGAGGAUACUAGUACGGAAGAAGGACAAGGAGAAGCACCGCCACCACCUCAUUUCGAGAUGCUUAGCGAUGUCUUCGCGAACACGUGCAUUUCCCACCUCGUACCCGUCGAAGACGUCGAAGUAGAUAGAAGCACAUCUUUCAACUCCGAGUCUGGAUUCGCUUUCACCAUUGGUUCCGCUUCAGACUGCUCCCUGGUGCCUACGGGGUAUCCCUGCUGUAGUAGAGAGACAGAGUCAGUAGGAUCUUCCUCUGUAGUCAACGAAAAUGAAAUAGAUUCCUGCUCACGAAAACUGGAGUUUUCGUUCCAGAUUCCGACGCUCUCCACCUACGUUUUUGUCCUAGAGAAGGACAUGAUCCCCUACCUCAGCGUUGGAAGCAUUAUGCGAAUGUUACUGAGCUUGCGAAGCAUUGAGGCAUUAGGGUGGUCCUCUCUGGAAAAACUUCGAUACAUCGCACUAGCGGAAAUGGCAUCCCGCCAACAAACAUCAUCAACAUCAAGAACAACU